AGGGCGGGACUAAGGCUCAGCCCCGGAAGAAGCGAGGUGGGGAUGAUGAUCAUUUAGCUAGCUUUAGCUGUUUGUAGCUGCGCUGAAAUGAAGCGGAAAAGUGCAGAUUAAUUCCCCUUUUUCCGGCGCUACGAUGAUCGUUUGACAUCAAGAAUGGACAUCAGCUAACAAUGACGGGGGAGAAAAAGAAGAAGAAGCGGCUGAACCGCAGCAUUCUUCUGGCUAAGAAAAUCAUCAUAAAAGAUGGAGGAAGUCCUCAGGGAAUCGGCGAGCCCAGCGUUUACCAUGCUGUGGUGGUCAUCUUCCUGGAGUUUUUUGCAUGGGGUCUCCUCACCACCCCGAUGCUCACGGUAUUACACCAGACCUUCCCCCAGCACACCUUCCUGAUGAACGGCCUUAUCCAUGGGGUGAAGGGCCUUCUGUCGUUCCUCAGCGCUCCUCUGAUCGGAGCGCUGUCCGACGUUUGGGGACGCAAGUCCUUCCUGCUGCUAACGGUCUUCUUCACGUGCGCGCCCAUCCCGCUGAUGAAGAUCAGCCCGUGGUGGUACUUUGCCGUCAUCUCCAUGUCUGGAGUUUUUGCCGUCACCUUCUCCGUGAUCUUUGCGUACGUGGCGGACAUCACGCAGGAGCACGAGAGGAGCACGGCGUACGGUUUGGUGUCGGCCACCUUUGCAGCCAGCCUGGUCACCAGUCCGGCCAUCGGAGCUUACCUGUCCGUUGCCUACGGCGACACCCUGGUGGUGAUCCUGGCCACCGCCAUCGCCCUGCUGGACAUCUGCUUCAUCCUGGUGGCCGUCCCCGAGUCGCUGCCGGAGAAGAUGCGGCCGGCGUCGUGGGGGGCGCCCAUAUCAUGGGAGCAGGCCGACCCCUUCGCAUCUCUGCGGAAGGUGGGCCAGGACUCCACGGUGCUCCUCAUCUGCAUCACAGUGUUCCUCUCCUACCUCCCUGAGGCCGGCCAGUACUCCAGCUUCUUCCUCUACCUGAAACAGGUGAUCCGCUUCUCCUCGGAAACGGUGGCGGCCUUCAUCGCAGUCGUGGGGAUCCUGUCCAUACUGGCUCAGACUGUGGUGUUGGGAAUCCUGAUGCGAUCCAUCGGGAAUAAGAACACCAUCCUGCUGGGCCUCGGCUUCCAGAUCCUCCAGCUAGCCUGGUACGGCUUCGGCUCCCAGCCCUGGAUGAUGUGGGCGGCCGGAGCCGUCGCCGCCAUGUCCAGCAUCACCUUCCCCGCCAUCAGCGCCAUUGUGUCCCGAAACGCCGACCCUGACCAGCAAGGUGUGGUCCAGGGCAUGAUCACAGGAAUCCGGGGGCUGUGUAACGGUUUGGGCCCCGCCCUGUACGGCUUCGUCUUCUACCUUUUCCACGUGGAGCUGAGCGACACGGACGGCUCUGAGAAAGGCGCCAAAGUCAACAUGGCGAACCCCACAGACGAGAGCGCCAUCAUCCCGGGCCCCCCCUUCCUGUUCGGUGCCUGCUCCGUGCUGCUGUCCCUGCUGGUGGCGCUCUUCAUCCCCGAGCACACGGGGCCCGGCGUGCGGCCGGGGGCCUACAAGAAGCACAGCAACGGGGCGCAGAGCCACUCCCACAGCCCCCAGGGCAGCGGGGCGGAGGGCAAGGAGCCGCUGCUGGAGGACAGCAGCGUAUAGCCCCGCCCCCCACGCGGACGCCGGGCGCAGACGGACUGAACUGCUCAGAUCUGUGUCCACAGCACAAGGGGGGGUCCUCGUUCCCCAACGCGGGGUCCUGGAGCGGCUGCACCCCCCCACGCCACUGAGGACCUGAUGGCGCCUCCGUGUUGUUUGUCCCGCAGCACCAGAAGGGAUCGGUCCUGGGGGGGUCCAGGCUCUCGGCUGAACUCUUCUACGUUUACUUGCCAAUCUGUAGGUUCCUGGUGGGGUCUGCGUCGUGUGUCCUCUCCGUUCACGCCGAACGGGCGCCGUUUUUAUCCCCCAAACAAACGUUGCCUUGAAGUGACUUCAGAUCAACAUCAUGAACCGAAUGACGACCGCGGUCCGAGAGGCUCUGGAAUCUGACGCUAUCGCUCCCAUCGGAGCUCCAACGCUUUUUACUCAUUUAUACUCGCCCCCCUCCCAUGGUCCAUCCUGACGGUUACCACGGCGGCGGGCGCUCCGGCCUCUGGAGCUCUGAUAUCCUAUCACUGAGCUCCAGAGAAAACCUGCGGCGAGCGGAGCGAAUCUCCACCCCCCUGAAACAUUUCACUGUAAACAGUCCAGGUGACUCCGCCCCCUCAGGAGGGUGGGCCUGAAACACAGGUCUGCAGCAGAUCCUCUGUGAGGAGGUGAUGCUGCUCCGGUGGGCGUGGCCUCUGAUGCCCCCCGUCUUGGCUGUACAAGAGGAUUCAAACAGCAGCAGUCUGGAUGGAAAACCUGCGUUCCUGCAGCAGCAGGUCCUGUAACGUCUCCUCACAGACAGGAAGCUGUCGGAGUGGGGGGGUGGGGGGUCAGCCUCACCUGUAAACCCCGACGGCGCCGCUCGUCCCGCCUCUUCCUGCCAGCAGACUCGUGUGGACCGCUCUGACGGCGUCAGACGUUUGUGCCAAAGCAGUUCUUGCGGGGGGGUCCAACCCUCUGGUUGAACCCCCCCACCCCCACCCCCCGUCGGUGGACUCAUUUCAUUUCUCUGGAAGGUUUUUUCUUUUUUAAUAUCUUUUAAGUUGUCCGUCUUUUUUUAGUAUUUUUCUGCAUUUUUCUCGAUGAAUCUUUUGUGCCUAAAAUUAGCCAAGAAACGAAGAUGGCAAGUCAUGGUGGUUAUUAUGUACAUAUGGGAAACUAAUGAUAAACUAUUUAUUAAAGGUUUAUUGUACAA